AUGACAAGUAUAGUCUGCUCAGUGCAGGAUUUGACUGUAGAGCCACUAUUAAGGAGGAUGGUGAAACAUGAAGUAUUUAGAUGUCAGAAUUGUGCAGCUGAAAUAGAAGUUCUAGCUCAGGAUAAGAAGUUCUGGAUGACAGCAAUAUCUGGUUUAAAAGAAAAAAUGAAGAAUAUAAAGGAAGAACAUUCUCAGCUUGCCCAUGAUGCACAUGAAACUGCUGAUUCAAUUCCCGAGUUAUCCAAUAUGGGAAUAUCAGGGUCUUCUGUCGUUGCACAGACUGCUUAUUGUUCUGUGCUUUUCUCUCCUGGUGUUCAGACUAUGAAUACACCACCAAAGAUGAAGCUGGAACCUGCAUACUUAGAUGAGCUAACAUCUCAAAGUAAGGACUACAAAGUGAAAGUGACUGUAACUGAAAAGGGAAGAGCUCAGCCUUCACCUAAAAAACCUGGUGUGAUCUUUCAAACAAUAAUUCUACAAGAUGAAAAGAAAAACAGGAUGCGAUGUGCUCUUUUUGGAGACCAGAUCGAAGCAUAUGAAGAUGUUCUCAAACCAUCUGGUCAAUACGAGAUUUCAAAGGCUCCUAUAUCACCUGUGGAUGAUCAGUACAAAUUCAACCUUGAAGAACUUCCAUACCAAAUGACAGUUGGCCAACAAACUAUUAUUCAGCGGUUAAAUCCAGAAAGUGGACCAAUUGAGCCGAAAUAUCAACCUCUAUCAACUAUUCCUAGAUCACCUGAUCCGAAUGCCAGAUUUGAUAUAGUUGGAGUGAUUUUGUUUGUUGAAGAAGCACCAAGGCUGAUCCCUAACACACGUGGUCGUGACAGUCCAGUGCGAGAGAUAUCUAUUACAGACACAAGCCAAGACCAUGCCAUGACAAUUUCAGCAUGGAAUGAUCUCACUGGAAAGCCUUGCGAUGCUAUGAUGAAUUGGGCUGAAAAGUUCAAUGUUGUUGGAUUUACAGCACUGAAAACCCGCCAUACAAGAGGAUUUACUCUUAAUACUACUAUGUCGACAAGAAUCAUCCUAAAUCCUAAAGGAGCACGGGCAGACAUGCUUCAUCGCCAGGAGAGGAUUUUAAAUGUCAGCUACCCAGGAACUGAAAAGAAAGUUGUCACAAUAGCUGAACUCCGAAACAAGAAGGCAGCUAAUGCAACUCCUGAUGAGAUAGCUUGGAUUAGAGUGACUAUACCAGAAGCUGACUUGCAAAGGGUGAAUGCCUACAUAGGUUGUCUUGGCUGUGGAAAGCGAACACAUCUUUCUCUAGGGACUCGCUUUCCUUGCAUUUCAUGCAAAAAAUCCAAUGCUACUGCUGUCCACAAAGUAACAUUCAAGUUUGAAGCUAUUGAUGCCAGUGGAACUAUGUCAUUCACAACCUUUAAUGAUGACACAGAAAAACUUUUCCGAAAGACAGCAGCUGAAAUUUGGGAGAUGAAAACCACUGGCAAUUUUGAUGCUUUCAAGGCUGUACAAGAAGUUCUGUCGACCAAGCCUUUUUUCAUUCAAGUGACACCAACUUUGGAACUUGCAAGGAACAGUGUUCUCCUUUGGACUCUGAAAACCAUUGAAAUGGAGGAUGUAGAACCAAGUGCCCAGCUUCUAGGUUCAUCAUCUUCAAGUCUUAACAAAGAGGAGAUUGUUUCUGCAGUAAAUCAAGGACAGAAAAUACAGAAAAUUUCCAUGAAUGAGGAUGCAGUUUCUGAGAGAGCUAAAAUGCAUGGCAAACAACCAUCUUUCUGUAACUCAGAGAGAAAUGGUACUGACAGUGAAGACAAUACAGAAAUGAGUGAUGAGGUCCUUGCUGAGAUAGCUCAACUCCAUGAGUUCAGGCUAGCUUCUCAGGCCUUCGACACAGAUUGCUUUGAUGCACCGUUUCAACCACCAAGUAAAGGAAUCACAAUCACAGAAGCACAAGCACGAACCAUUGAAUUGCCUACAUGGAGCAGGCUUACUCGUUCCCGCAGCAAUGCUAAAAACAAAGAACCAAUGCCUUCUGACAAGAUGCAGGAAUCAGAUGAUGAGGAGCAUGGCCCUAGAAAGAAGCUCCGGACAGCUCUUUUCAAAAACAACUCUGAGAAAGAAAGUUCUGACACUGAAGACGCGUCUUGAAGCCUCCUUUGUGACUUUUGUUAGAAUCCAGGCUAAAAUAUAUAUAUGUGUGCCACCUUUUGCUGUUAGAAUGUGGGUUUAAAUCAAUUGCCUUUAUAUGGUAAUUUGCUAAAUCUAGGAUGUCUUUUGCUUGUUUAGAAGGAACAUUUUGGACAUCUUGUGUUCCCUAUAAACAUCAAGAAUGUAUAUAGUACUAAACCUCUGUAACAAACGCUGUUCUGCAGUUCUCUGUAGGACACUCAACUUAGUAUGCCUAAAAUCUUAUAUUAUGUAUAUAGUAAUGCAAGGGUAACUAUGAUGUACUAGCUUGUAUCCUUAAAUCAGGGUACUUAUCUAUAAUAUAAGCUAAUAUAAGCUAAGUUAUUAU